GCCAGAUGGACUCUGAAAUGUUUUAAAAGCUCCAAAUUUAGAAUUGCAAAGCGGCUCUCGUAUCGCAGCAGCGAUGGAGAAUUUGAAGAAGAGAUGGACUGUAACAUACACGAAGCACAUCAAGCAAAAGAGGAAAGUCUAUCAGGAUGGUUUCUUAGAUCUUCACCUCUCAACCAACAAGGUCAUGCUGUUUGAUGAAUGCGAGAAGCUAUUGGAAUGCAGGAUAUUGAAGGGCGAAGAAGUUGUGAGCGCUGGUGAAGCACUGACAUUUAAUGGUUAUUUUGUCGAUGUUGGGGAACUUGAGGGCGAGGUCGAUCAGAAGCCUAUCCCUGAUUUGAAAUUACGUGGGAAAGAAAGGAAAAUUCUCGAGAGGCCCAGGCCGAGUUUGAUGCAUCGACACAAGUUUACAAGUCCUUCAAUUUCUUCUGAAGAUGACAAGGAUACUGCAGAGAAGAGCAAAGCUCGGUUGAAUAACCUAAGCCCAUCGCAGAAAAUUAUCAGAGUUACUGGCAUUUCAGAAUUCAAAAAGAGUGAACUGCAGAGAUAUGGAGCAUUACGGAGCUGUCCAGAAUCUCCAGAUACACUAAACGCUCAUGUAACAGAAUGGCAGGUCAUGUACACAACGCAAUUGACUCAAAAAGCCAAGAAGUAUCAUGAUGGUUUCUUGCGGCUUACAAAAAGUGGAUCCCUAGGGAGGCAGAUCAUGCUGUAUGAUGCAAGCAGGAAACUUUUAGAUAGUAGGUUCCUCAAGAAAGAUGAGAUAAUAAGAUCUCAUGAAUCAGUAGUAUUUGAUGCUCAUUUGGUCGACAUUGGAGAACCUGAACAAGAAAAUCAACUUCCUAUGGAUUUGAAUGUUCAAGGAAAUAAUAUCAGUCUUAUUGGCAAAGAAAGGGUAAUGCACGAACAUCAGAAUUGUCUUGACCACAAAUCUCCGGCAAAAGAGUGGCAUGCUCUUUACACUAGUCAGAUAACUCAAAAGGCCAAGAAGUAUCACAGUGGCAUCCUUAGGCUUGCUUGUGACGCUUACAAAAUGCGGGUUACUUUACUAAAUGAAGAUAAAGCCAUCCUGAGCACUAAGCUUGUCAGUUUAUCAGAGGAAGUGAGGAGGGGAAGUACAUUUGGACUGCCAAAAUAUUUGGUGGAAGUUGGCGAUCCAUAUACUCCCAAAGAAGCUACAAACAGUGCUUGUUCAAGGAAGGAUGCUGGUUCAAAUUUUAACAUCUCCAGUAUAGGAAAAUUUCAAAGCAAUGCUUGUCCACGGGAGGAUGUAGAUUCAAGAAGCAUCUUUGCUGUAGAGGGGUCAAAAAUAAGCAAUAUCGCUCCUACAGACAAAUCCUUACGUGACAUCCAUCAAAUCUUGUCUAUUCUCCAAAAGCCUCUAGCUCAGAAGAGUGUUGUUGUAGGUUGUACUGACAACAACAUGACUGCAUCUGUUUUCUCUGCUAAGGAGAUUCACAUCUCAGAUUCAGAGGUAGAUUGUCCUAAAGACUGUCAAUUACCCAUAAUAUCUUUGCCAAAAGAUGGGCCAAGCAAAAAUAAGGAUAAUGAAGGAUCAAGUAAAUUUACAGAUAUUGAGAAAUAUACCAGUCUUAUGCCUUCCAAAGUAAUAUCUAUUCCUAGUGGUGGCCAACUUGCCAAUGACUCUGUAACUGGAAACUCUGACCAGUCUCAUCUUGACAAUACAAAGGCUGACACUAAAAGGUGUGAUGAAGCUUUUGCUUCUGGGUUUUCAAGUGGUUGUACCUCUUAUGUUCCUACUGACGAUGAAAAGAAGAGCAAUGAGCAGCUCAAGAGUACAAGGGAAACUGAUGAAUGGCCGACUUUUGAUCUUGGAUUUUGAGCAAAGGCUGAUAUUUUGAUCAUAAUACCUUACUAUUGGUGGUGAUUCUUGGUAACAUUGCACAGGUUAGUCAGUGUGAGAUUCCUCACCAUAUUGCCAUGUAUACCCAUGAUAGUAGGUGGACCCAAUUUCGUGUCCCAUUUCUUUGGGAAUACAUGCAGCGAAAGUUGUUACUGGUUAACGGGUGAGACAGGUGAUUGAUCUCUCCUGUGAUAGAGAGAAUUUAGCGGAAGAAACAAGAUUUUACUGGAUAUAAGUCUUUUAAUCCAUUUAUUUUUGGAAAGGUAGCUUCAGUUGCAAUAGCAACACAGCAACUAUAGGCUAACCGGCA